AUGGAUUGGGCGAGGAUCGCGUUCACGCUACGCUACGGGGGGGGACGCGGCCGUUGCUUGGCCAUCUGCCUGUCCGUCGUCUGCGUGUUUUGCAUCGCGAGUCAGGCUGACGCGACGACGACGAGGACGACGACAACGACGGCCGGAAACGAGACGAAGGACGCUGGAGGCUGGGCCUCCGGAUUCGCGGCCGAUUGCUCGGGCGCGGACCCGUCUAAGAAUAUUUCUGUGUCUUGUUACGGGGUCAGGAUCGUGAGGAGGAUCGUGCAACAAUUUUUGGAGAGGUCGAGCCAGGAGCCGAAUCUCGAGAUCUUCGACGGCGUGAGCUUGGUCGAGGUGCCGCCGGCCUCCUCGUCCCCGUUGAGGAAGGGCAAGUUCAUGAAGGGAUUCGGGGGCGUGGGAAGCCUGAUGCAGUUUUUGGAGGGGAGGGAGCUGAGGAUUAAACUGCCCGCCUUGUUGCCGCAGAAUAUCGAGAGCGCCCUUCAAGAGAGUUUGCCGGUCGAUCAAGCUAGACGAGGAAGCGGCGGAGGAUUCGGGGGCGGCGGUGGAGGCGGUGGAUUCCGCGGUGGAAAGAAGGGCGGUGGUGGCGGGAUGAUGAUGCUGGCUCUGAUGAUGGGCAAGAUGAUGGCGGCGCUAGGAUUCGGCGCUCUCGGUCUGCUGGCCAUGAAGGCGUUGAUGGUGUCCGCGUUGGCCUUGAUGCUCUCGUUGAUCGUGGCCGUGAAGAAACUGGCGAGCGGGCACGAGAGCGGCGGCGGCCACCACGUGGUGUACGCGCAGGACGUCGGCCACCACCAUUACCGGAAGAAGCGGUCCUCCGUAGGCGAGGAGGACGCGGGCCUUCCUUACAGGGGAUACGCUCACCUGUUCGGCGACUCGAGGGUGUCCUGA